UUGUACGAGUGUGUGCAUCAUGGUGCUGUGAUGUGUGGACUUUGUGAAGAUCCGACUGUCAUACAGCGGUGCAUAUCUCUGUGCGUGGAGCAGUGUGCACGAGCAGCUAUAGCAGUCUCACCGUGAGCCACCGACAAUGACGCGCCGGAGCGCAUUUACGCAAACAGGAUGUCCACAGUUUGCUCCUAAUUACAUCAACCAAUAUUUCUAAAAGCAAACGCAACUAUGUUUUAGUGAUUCCUGUUGUCAUAUUGUGGAUAAAAACAAAGGCCCGUGCUGUGGGAGUGGAUUGAGGGAACAGCCACGUUCUUCAGAGAAGCAGCGAUGGAGGAGCAGCAGGACCCGAGCAGCUCGGACAGCAGUGAGGGAGAGAGCGUCUCCCCGGAUCCCAGCCUGCCUUCGCCGCCCAUGUUACCUCUGCAGGUGGCUCAGCAGGCCCACAGAACCACCAACUUUUUCAUCGACAACAUUUUGCGGCCGGACUUCGGCUGCAGGAAGGAGCACGGCCUGGGCCCGCGGGAGAGGGCGCAGAGCUCCGGCCGGGAGCGCGUCCACCCGGCGGUCAGCAGGCCGAGCCUACCCGGGACGCCGUGCCAGGACUCCAACUGUAGCAGUGACAGCACCUCGUCAUCCGGCUCCUCCACCUCUUUGGCGAGUCCCAAAAAGAGUAACGGCGGCAUCAGCGGAGGAACCGCAACCUCCUCCACCGGGAGCAGCGGCCUGAAAGCCGAGGAGAGAACUGGCGGUGAGACCGGGGGGGACACGUCCUCUUCGGUAGUGGUGCUGAGCGGUUCUGGGGGGUCCACACCGGAGACCCAGCCACUGCUGUGGCCGGCCUGGGUCUACUGCACCCGGUACUCGGACAGGCCCUCAUCUG